GCCAAUCACAAUGAAGGAUUUUACGUUUUCGAUGCCUUCAUGCAGUUGUAGAAUCUUCCUAUGUUUUUUUCACCAUGAUUCCAUAUUAACUAUAAACUUUAGUAGCACUUUCGUGGAUUUCAGUUAAAUUCGGAUAGUCAGGUGUUUGUUAAGUUGUGAAUUGCCAAAGACAAGAUGGCAGCAUCUAAUUCGAGCUUACCCGUCGAACGAGCAGAAAAGAAAGAGGAUGAAUUUAAUGAGUUUUAUUCAGAGGUAAAAGAAAUCGAGAAGAGAGAUUCAGUUUUAACGCCCAAGCAACAAAUAGAUAGGUUGCUAAGACCAGGCUCAUCAUACUUUAAUUUAAAUCCUUUUGAAGUUUUACACAUUGAUCCAACAACAGAGAUAGAUGAAAUAAAAAAGAAAUAUAGACGUAUGUCAAUAUUGGUACAUCCAGACAAAAAUCAAGAUGAUUCUGAAAGAGCUCAACAGGCUUUUGAAAUUGUAAAUAAGGCAUGGAAGACUUUGGAAUGUGAGGAAACUAGAGCAAAAUGUAUGGAUGUUAUUGAAGAAGCAAAAGCAAGAACGGAUCAUAUGAUUGCAGAAAAGAAAAAAAAAAUCAGAAAAGAUGGAAAAGCUGGAAAUGAAGCAACAAUUUUAGAAGAGGAAACAAAAGAUGGAUAUCGACAUGCAGUAUGGGUAAUGACAAUGAAAUUAUUUGCAGACAUGGAACGAAGAAGGCGAGAGUUGGCUAUGCGAGAUGCUGAACAACGAAAAAGAAAGAUGGAAGAAGAAUUAUCAGCUGAAGCACAAGCUGCUCUUGAACGUGAGUGGCAAAAGAAUUUUGAAGAAUCCCGACAAUCCAGAGUUGAUAGUUGGAAAGCUUUCCAAUCUGGUUCUGGAGGACCAACAAAAAAGAAAAAAGAAAAAAAAUUUAAAUCAUUUAGGCCACCAAAGACAAAGGCAGAAUCUCGAUAAAUAAAAGCUCCAGUUAAUUUAGCAUUGAUUUAUAUCACGCCUGAAAAAGAAUUUGCUCAAACUAUCAAACAAGAAUACUUAUUCUUUUAACUACUCUUGUAAUGUACAAAAUAUAAAUUGUUGAAUAUAUUAUAUUUUGAAAUUUUUGGAGCAAUGAUUUUUUCAGUAUAUUUGUUGGCUUAAAGUAAAUAGUUGAUUUUAAAACUGCAUUUACUAUUAGUCACUCCCGAGAAAUUUCAAAUGUAAAUUAUGUAUCCAAAAGCAAAGUGAAUGUAGUUUUCAGGCGUGUUAAAGUUAAGUCUAUUGAACAUAAUGAAAAUUUAAGUAUCAUUUUCCUUUUGAUACUUUUAUAAUUGAAGAAAUA